AAAUAUAUAUCCUUUAACUACAGAAAUAAAAAAUGAAUAAAUGAGAUGGCCAUUCCAUACUACGAGUUGGAUCAGAUGAAAAAGGACUGGUAUGAAAAAGGUCCUGACGAUGUGAACAUACAUUUGUAUGUUCGUGAUGUAGAAGAGCAUGAUAUUAUUUUUGAAGAGAAGAGUGUUUCUGUCAAGUUUUCUACACAGCACAUUGCAUUUUUAAAGCAGCAUGCAAAAGGUCAACGAAAGAAGUGCUCUUUCACGUACGUCCUCAAAACAAGAGGAGAUAUCGAUCCUGGGCGGUGUCAUUUUAAAUUGAAAGCACCAUUUAUUGAGUUGUUGUUAAAGAAGAAAAUACCAGUUAAAUGGGGAAGCCUGGAAAGAUUUGAUCCUGACGAUUUGAACGAAUCGCCAAAAAAAGAAGGAAAAAAGAAGAAACAAACAAACUCUCCCAAAAAUUCUCCAACCAAAAAUUCUCAACUUCUCGGUGGGAAAUCCACACCGCUGACUAAGGAGGGUGGCCAGGAUGGUCCAACAAAGGUUGAAAAUCAAGCUUCAUCAUCUACGAUGGAGGACAAGAAGAACAUCAAGAAAGCAACAACGAUAACAGUGUCAACGUCACAGUCUGAGUCGCUGCUCGGUCUGACGGGAUUGGAGAAUUAUUCCAAUAACUGCUAUAUGAAUGUUGUCAUUCAGAUUCUAGCUAACAUUCAAGAAACCAGAGACUUUUUUAAAAAUGACCACUUUCUAAAAGAAAUAAACUCAAACAACCCAUUAAGCUCUGGUGGCAAGGUGGCGAAAGCAUUUGCUGAAGUUAUAAAAGCUCUGUGGUCAAAUCGAAGACAUGCUAUCAAACCUACAGCCCUUAAGAGCAUCAUGGGUAAACGAUGUUCUUUAUUUCUUGGCUGGCAGCAACACGACGCUCAAGAGUUCUUCGCAUCUCUUUUGGAUAACCUACACGAGGAUCUGAAUCAGUAUUGUUAUGAAAAAUCAUCCGAGAAGGAGAAGGAGACUGGUAAACAAGAUGGCGAAUCUUGCGUCAAUGAAAAACCAGAUACGGCGUGGUCAGCUCAUCUCAAACGAAACAAUUCAUUUAUUAUUAAACUGUUUCAUGGUCAGUUAAUGUCCAAACUUACAUGUGCUUCCUGCCACAAGGUAUCGUAUUCUUAUGAUCCAUGUGCGCAAGUUUCUCUGCCCAUUCCUUCAAAUACGAACGUGUUAAGCGUGCUUCUUUACACGCGAGACACGUGCACGCCACCUUUACUUAUAACAGUCCCCGUCUCCACGCCGAACGCGCAAGUUUGGCACCUCGUCAACCUGCUGCAAGCUCUUACCAAGAUACCGUCGCAUUUAGUUGCAUUAUUUGAAGGGUAUUCCGAUGUCUGUUUGGAUGAUCGAGCUUCCCUGACGUCGUUUCAAAAACAAAAAUACGUCGUGGCCUCGGAGGUGUCCUCAAAAGAAGAAUCAGAUGUCGUCUCGAUUCCUGUGUUUCAAUAUUUACUGAACAAAAGUGCAAUCGUUUGUUGCCAUUUAUGUGGUAAAUUACAGAACGAGCUUCAGACAAGCAAAUUGAAGCGCUGCACAAGGUGUAUGGCUGUAGCGUAUUGUAGUCACGAUUGCCAAACAAAAGAUUGGUCAUGUCACAGCAAGGUUUGCACAAAGGACUUAAAAAUGCAAGUAGGGCUGCCGUUUUAUAUAGUACUAAGAAAAGACUCAAUCUCUUACGAGGCGUUUGAAGAACUGUUGCGCGAACGGGCGUCAUUUUCAGUGGAAUGUUGUUUGUCUACCCCUGCGGAGGAGGACGAUAAUAGAAAGAAGGAUGAAAAUACAGCUUCUGCAAAUGGUGGUUCCGAUGAAAGUGAAAACAAACAAAAAAUGGUUAACUCCAUCGCAAAUUGUCAAUUUGUAAUUAAAAUGUCUUCGAAAACAAACGUCAACGACGAAGCAUGUACACUGCUGAAUCAAGAGAACUUCUCCAUCGAUGUUAUCGCCAAAACUACCAGCAUCAUCAUGGAAUGGCAGAAUACACCUGUGGAGGAGGGCGCCGCUACCGGUGAUAUUCGUUCGAAAGAAGUGCCAACGUAUAACGUUAUUGAGAAUGCUUCAACUCCAGCGGUGGACGAGCAGUGCACGUUGUACGAUUGUUUAAGAUUGUUCCUGGAGCCUGAGCGCCUGGAUGAGACAGAAUCAUGGAAAUGUUCGAAAUGCAAGAGUUUGCAGGCAGCAAAGAAAGAAAUGGCGAUCAGUUCUCCACCGUGUUUGCUUUUGUUACAUUUGAAAAGGUUCACCUAUGGCCAGUACGGACAAAAAAUCAACAAAGCUGUUUCAUAUCCGCUGAGUAAUCUCGAUUUAUCGCCUUUCAUCGCGAAAGAAACUCGAAAUAAAAUUGACUACCUCCCUACCUACGACUUGUGCGGUGUAAUCACACAUCGAGGAACGAUGAGAAUGGGUCAUUACACGUGUAUGGUUCGUUUGUUGAAUCAAAGUGAUCAGGACGAAGUGGGUUGGCGCCUGUUUGAUGAUGAUUAUGCGAUUAAAAUUAAAAACGAGAAAGUGAUUUCUCCAGACGCGUACGUUUUGGUGUAUCGUUUACGAGGAGCUCAAGAUGUAAUCAAGAUCGAUCGCUAUCCUUUGGUCGCGAACACAUCUCCAGCGUCGUCUAUGGAAAAUAUGGCAUCAACAGUGAAGCGCAAGCGGGCUGAUUCUGUUGCAGGUUCAGGAAAAUCACCUGGUGCGGAGAGACGAAGCGUUUCUGAAUCUACCUUAAAUCGUAUUAGGAGAAGCACCAGUGUUGAAUCAGCCGAGGAAGUGGAUAAAAAAGAAGGCUCGAACGCACUGCCAACGGAGUUACGACGGUGCGCAAGCGCGUUGCCAAUAGAAACUAAUAAAACAGAAUCACAUGAUACUCGGAAGGGGUUACUUUCGGGUUCAUUGCCCGACGUUACAACUAACGAAAACGACGCGCAGAAAAACGCGCGUUUAAAACAUUUAUCUUCAUCGUCUGACGAAUUUGCGAAUGCUUUGGAAAAUUUAAAUAACGACAGUGCGUUGUGUGAUAGUUUUGAAAAACUAACUGUAAAUGCUGACAUGGAGAAAAGCCUUGGUGAUAUUCCUUGUGUCGACUCGGAAGAGUUUCUUGAAUGUAAUAAUGCAUUUCAAGUUGACGAGGAAAUUGUUGAACAAAAAUUAGCCGAGGAUAUCAACGAGAACGACUUGGAUUGAUUUUUUAAUUUUUUUCGCCCUAAUUUUAUAAGAACAUAGAACUUAUUACCCAGUUUCCUUUUGAUGAAGUAAUUUUGGCCAACUAGAAAACACGAGAGAUUUGGCUUAUGUUAGAAAAAAAACUGGAAUUUUUGCACAAUGCAUCAAUAGACUGGAUUUCGUUAAAAGACGUUUCAAAUACAUUUUACCUUUUGGUUAAUAAAUAUUGAUUUUUUGCGUUACAUUGUAUCAAAUGUUAUAUACACUCAAACUUAUGCAUAGUGUGACUCAUAAGGCAAUAAAUAUGAGCAGGUAUCCGCUCAUUAGAGGUUUUGUAGAAAAGUUCUUUAAAGGCAAAACCGUUUGCUAUGGUUUGCACUUUUAUUUGUUAUGCAAUAUAAAUAUAAAUCAGUUGAAUAUUAUAAUACAAUUUACCUAUAUAUUUUACCUACGAUUCCUAUGUUUUAGGAUAACACUUUCAUACGAAAAUUAUUUCGCUGGACAAGAGAUCUCUUAUAAGAGUG